CAACCAACGCAAACCCUCUAGGGAAUUUAUCAAGAUGACCUCGGUUUUCCCUUUUGCUGGAGCUUCCAGACCUGAUGAUUCAACUCUUAAGAAACAAGAGUCUGGAGAAGCUGUAACCGUGUCACCUAAGUGCCCCUUUGGAUAUGAUUCGACUCUUGAGAAACCUCGUGACGACCGAAAUAAACAACAGGCUGUCCAGGAGAGUAAUGCUAAACAAGAGUCUGGAGAAGCUGCAACUGUGUCACCUAAGUGUCCCUUUGGAUAUGAUUCGACUAUUAAGAACCCUCAUGACGACCAAAAUAAACAACUGACCGUCCAGGAGAGCAAGCCUAAACAAGAUUCUGGAGAAUCUGCAACUGUGUCACCUAAAUGCCCCUUUGGAUAUGAUACUCAAACAUUUAAACUUGGUCCUUUUAGCUGCAUGAUAUGUCAGGCGCUUCUUUAUGAUUGCAGCAGAUGUGUGCCCUGUUCACAUGUAUUCUGCAAGGCAUGUAUCUCCCGGUUUAAGGACUGUCCAUUAUGUGGUGCUGAUAUUGAAAAGAUUGAGGCCGACAUGAAUCUUCAGAAUGUUGUUGAUCGCUUUAUUGAAGGCCAUGCAAGGAUUAAGAGGUCUCAAGCUAAUAACGAAGAAGAAGAUGUAGGCGAGAAGAAAACAGUUAUAUAUGAGGACGCGUCUUUGGAGCGGGGAGCUUUCCUGGUUCAACAAGCCAUGCGGGCUUUUCGUGCCAAUAAUAUCUGUAGUGCAAAAUCAAGAUUUACUAUGUGUGCGGAUGACAUCAGAGAACAGCUUCAGAGAAUGGGGAAUACAUCAGAGUUGUGCUCACAACUUGGAGCAGUUCUUGGUAUGCUUGGUGACUGCAGUCGAGCUACCGGAGAUGCUGUAUCUGCAGUCACUUACUUUGAAGAGAGUGUCAAUUUCCUUUUGAAAGUACCUAAAGAUGAUCUAGAGACCACACACACUCUUUCUGUUUCGCUAAACAAAAUUGGAGAUCUUAAAUACUAUGAUGGAGAUUUGCAAGCUGCAAGAUCACAUUAUAUUCAGGCGUUGGAUGUUCGCCGCAACGCCAUCAAGCAACAGUCUGUGCCAUCUCAGAUAGUCGAUGUGGCCAUUUCCUUAGCAAAAGUGGCUGAUAUUGAUCGAAAUCUUGGCGAUGAGUAUGCUGCAGUUGAAGGAUUUCAAGAAGGCAUAAAGUUACUGCAAUCCCUUAAACUAAAUCCUGAAGAAGUUAGCCUCGAACAACGGCGGCUAUCAGUGCUCGAGUUCCUCAACAGCCAGCUUGAAAAGAAACAAACUUGAUUCAGCUGCCCCGCUGAAGUCAUUUCCAACAUAGUAAAGGACGAAUAAGAAUAAGGACAAUACGUGUUGUCAUAUCGUUUGGUGGUGUAAACACUAGGUGUGGUUACCUAUCUCUUGCAAGCUCGGUUUAGAGACAACCCGAGAUAAAUUUCGGUGUAAAUGCAGUAGAAAUAAGUGAUAGAUGCUAAAAGAUUUUCUAAGUAAUAUGCCUGUGCCAAAUCAAUAUAGUCGUAUAUUCCAAAGAUUCAGCAUAUUGUGCAUGUACCCCUUAGUACUUGAAGAAUCUCUACAUUUCAGUAUCCUUUUAGUUACCAAAAAAAUAAAAAGAAUUUCAGUAUCCUUAUUACAA